CCACAAUGUUGUUCAGUCCGCUAACUAAGAGCAAGCUUCAGAGCUCAAAGGCCUUUUUGAACAGAGCCAGGCAAGGACUCCUGAAGGGAACUGUAAGCACCCCCUCAUAUAUUCUUCCUACUAACUUAGGAAUUAUACCAGGGAUUAUGAACAUGAACUUGCCAGAAAUCUCUCCUGUUCCGGUCCAAUUCUCCCUUGCUGAUAUUUAUCACCUUCGGGAAGUGAUAGAGAAGUACCAAUCAGAUUACCCCUCCCUCUCAUCACAGACUAAAAAUCAAAAUGAACCCAACCCCUUGCUGUCAUAUCUAAACCAUCCAAAAGAUACAGUUAGCUUGCUCACCAUGUCAACCUGCGGCUCUGAUAAAAUUCUAGGAAAUUACAAAACCAUGGAAAUGGAUAUACCAAGUACAAUUCACCCAGGUAAUAAAAAUCGCCUCUCCCUUCAAGAUUUCUCAGCAGCAAUAGCUACGUUCAAGCCUGAUUUAUUCAUUACGCCAACACACUCGAUCACAGCCAAGACCAGUAAGAAAUAAGCGUGAAAGAGCAGUAAAGACUAGCAGAGAGUACAUAAAUCCUUCUGUGCUAAACUUGGUUCAAGACAGAGGGCCUCAGGUCCUGAUGACUAUCAGCAUUGAAGAGUCUUAUCCUAAAAUUUCUCCAAUAAUUGAUGAGAAAAUCAGCCAGUUUGGAGAGAAAAUCUCUGGAUACUUCUUUAAUACCCAUUCUUUGAAACCACAAACAAGGUUCGCAGUCUUUCAAAAGUUCUAUGAAAGAUAUCCAACAGAUGAAAAGUUGAGAGUCCUUGAAAGCUCAGGAAACCCAACAGAGGUCUUAGAAAAUUUAGUGCUCAAUGGUAUUGAUCUCUUUGAAGCAAGGUACCCUAUUGACGUUAGUGAGAAACAUCACUGCCUUGCUUUUGAUACCGAGAUGCCAAACGAAUGGAGAAGUACGCCGGUUGAUACUGAGUUUAUCAAAGAAAGUUUAUCAAACCCAACUAAAACUCCUAGAACAUUAAAUUUAUCAAGGUCAGAAUUUAGGAAAGACUCUACCGUUUUGACAUCUGGAAGCAAGUCCCCUUUGACUAAUUCUAUCACUCGGUCUUACAUUCAUCACUUGCUUGAUUGUAAAGAGAUGAAUGCUUCUAUUCUGUUGACCAUUCACAAUAUUCAUGUGUAUGAUAACUUCUUCAAGGCAAUGAGGUCUCAUAUAGCUGACAACACUCUUGAAAUUUACACUCAAUGGUUCUUGCAAACUCAGUGUAAAUAAAUCUCAAUCUAAC